AUGGUGGAGAAGGUCGGAGGUUUGAAAGGUGCAAAAGAUCGGAAGACGGUCGGCGUCCGUCCGGUCUCGGGCCGACUACGUCAUGACAAUCGGUGCAUUUUACCUGAUAAAAGUCUCUUCCAUUCCAUCAGAUUGGAUAUGAAAGGAAGGAAUUACCUGAAAUUCAGUGACGAUGCAUUAAGUGUGUCUGAUCCCGCUAAGAUUGUCGAUCCGAGGGCAAAGGUGAAGCUGUGGGUGGCUCCCAAUAGUUCCUCCCCGCUGUUGGUCUACCCCUCAUCUCAUCACCAAUAUGACCAAAUUCCGGAGUUCUCCUGGUCGGUAGCGGAGGCAUUGGCACCCAUUGCCGCCCUGAAUCUCGAGACUGGCCAUCAAGCACAGGUAUCCUGCGUGUUGCGAUCAAUUACAAGGCCGUGGUUGAAAAUGGGUUCCACGAUCGACUCGUGCGACCACGGGAAAGUGUCAUUGGCGACCGACCGGGGGUAUUACGUCCUUGACAAGGAAACGCAGUCCAGCUAUUCCGCGCGCAGUCUUGAAUGCAGUCCCUCAUCAUUCUUUUGA